CGGACCGGCAUUGACAAAGGAUUCAUUUUUGAUUGUGAUCUCCAAUUUGAACUAAUUAAUUGUUGUCUAUGUAUUCCAAACGAACCUUGCUAACCAUCUUAACGCAGCACAGUAUCCGGGCUUCCAGGCGAUGGUCACAUGACGAGGUACGUGUACGUUUCGCACCAAGUCCAACAGGAUAUCUGCAUUUGGGUGGACUCCGUACAGCAUUAUACAAUUAUUUGUAUUCACGAAAUAAAAAUGGCAAAUUCUUGCUACGCAUAGAGGACACAGAUCAGACGAGACUCGUGCCGGGUGCUACAGAAAGUUUGAUUGAAAAUUUAAUGUGGGCGGGAAUAAAAAUAGACGAAGGUCCAGGAUUUGGUGGUGAACAGGGUCCUUACGUGCAAAGUGAGCGUAAGCAAAUUUAUUUAGAAGCUGUACGCGAACUGCUUGAAAAUGACACCGCCUAUCGUUGCUUUUGCACCGAACGUCGGUUAGAACUUUUGCGUAAGGAAGCAAUUCGAACGAGACAAGUCCCACGCUACGAUAAUAAAUGCCGCUAUCUAACACCACAGCAAAUAGCCGUUUUAUUAGCGAAAAAUACUCCAUAUUGCAUACGAUUUAAGCUGACAGCUCAUGAAGAGCCUCUCCAGGACUUGAUCUACGGGCCGGUAACGCACAACGUCAGUGAAAACGAAGGUGAUCCAGUUAUCAUGAAAAGCGAUAACUUUCCCACAUACCAUUUUGCGAACGUGGUAGAUGACCAUUUGAUGGGUGUAACGCAUGUCUUUCGCGGCGUUGAAUGGCAAAUAUCGACAACGAAGCAUUUACUACUCUAUAAGUAA